GGAGAGGAGGAGGAGGAGGAGGAGGAGGAACGGGUGUAGGGUGCAGCUAGAGGCAGUGGGGGAACAGGCGAUGCAAGGAUGGCUUGUUGAAGGAUUUUAUCUGCCGCAGCAAGUCUGCGAGCCUUCAAUCGAGUAAAGGGGCAAGUGGAGCAACACUCGACGACGAUGGGCAAGUCGCGGAGGAAGCACGACGACGACGAGUCGCACGGGAAGCAGAAGCGCCAGAAGACACUCCAGCAAGAGGUGGAUGCCUCUGAAGAUGUUGGCUUCACGGACGACAAUGCUGAGUGGCUGCAGCCUGUGAAGAAGGGCAAGUCCAAGAGCAAGGACAAGGCCAAGGAUAAGGCCAAGAAGAGCAAGGAGAAGAAGUCCAAGAGCAAGGACAAGUCCAAGAGCAAGAACAAGGCCAAGGAGCUGAUCAAGAAGGCCGAGGCUAGGGAGGAUCUGCUGGCGUCAGAUGAUGAUGAUGAUCAUGGCUUUGGCAUGGCAGGGGAUCUGCUCGGGGACGAUGACGACGAGUUUGGCAGCGCGGGCAUGGACGAGUUUGGCGGACUGGCGACGAUGACGACGAGCUGCUCCCGAUUGAGAAGGCUGCACGGCGGCUGGAUGCCGAGGCGGCGGUUGUGGCGGCCGAGGCCGAGGCCGAGAUGGUUGCCGGUGACGGCGAGGACCACUCGUACCUGUUCACCGGCCACCGGGCCGAGGGCGGGAGCGAGUCGUCGGACGAGGAGGAGAACGAGGCCAAGGCACAGCUCAAGGCCGCGGGCCAGACGCUGAUGGAUGAGAUGAUUCACGCGCCGGACCUUGCGAUGGUGCACACUCGGAUUUCGGGCGUUGUGCGGAUUCUGAUGCAGUUCCGCGAGCUGAGCGAUCCGCGUUACUCGCGGAAGAAGUACAUGUCGCAGCUGGUGGCUGACCUUGCGCUGUACUACGGGUACACCGACUGGCUUGUGGGCCAGCUGCUGGACGUGGUGGGCGUGGCGCAGAUCAUGGAGCUGCUGGAGGCGUGCAACGUGCCGCGGCCUGUGACGAUCCGGACGAACACGCUCAAGACCAAGCGCCGUGUGCUCGCACAGGCGCUCAUUGCGCGCGGAGUCAACCUCGAUCCUCUGCCGUGGUCCAAGGAGGCGCUGCAGGUGUACGACUCUGCGGUGCCGAUUGGCGCGACGCCCGAGUACCUCGCGGGCCACUACCUCAUCCAAAGCGCGGCAUCGCUCAUGCCCGUGGUCGCGCUCGACCCGCAGGCCGGCGAGUUUGUGCUGGACAUGGCGUCUGCGCCGGGUGGCAAGACGACCCACAUUGCGACGCGGAUGGGCAACAAGGCGUGGUCUUUGCCAACGACACCUCGGCCAACCGAAUCAAGGCCAUUGUGGGCAACUGCGCCCGGCUGGGUGUGCGCAACACGGUGGUGUGCCACUACGACGGCCGGACGCUCUCGUCGGUCGCCUCCAACUUUGACCGCGUCCUCCUCGACGCGCCGUGCUCGGGCACAGGCGUUAUCGACAAGGACCCGUCGGUCAAGACCUCGCGGACGGCCGACUCGAUCCGCAGCAACGCGCGGUUGCAGCGCGACAUGCUGCUGGCCGCCAUCGACGCGACGAACGCCCACUCGAAGACCGGUGGCUACAUCGUGUACUCGACCUGCUCCAUGCUGGUGCAGGAGAACGAGGAAGUUAUCGACAAGGUCCUCGCUCUCCGUGACGUGAAGAUCGUCGACGCCGGCCUUCCGUUUGGCACCCCGGGUUUUACCCGCUUCAAGACCCGACGCUUCCACCCGCACAUGGAUCGCGCCCGCCGCUUCUUCCCGCACACCCACAACAUGUCGGGCUUCUUCGUCUGCAAGCUCCGCAAGAUCUCCAACCAGGGUGCCGGCGAGAACCUGCCGUACCAGUCGCGCCUCAACCAGAAGAAGAAGUCGCGCCAGGCCAAGCUCGCUGCCAAGCGCGCCGAGCGCGUCGAGGCCAAGAACCCCGAGGGCGUGGCCGAGGUCGAAACCCUCGAUGCCGACCUCCUCCUCUUCGACGUCUCGUCCUCCGACGAUGAUGACGACGACAACGACGACGGCAAUGAUGGCCUUGCCACCGUCCUCCUCAACUCGUCCAAGAAGACCAAGGGCGUCCGCUCCAACACCGACAUCACCCUCUCCAAGAAGGAGCGCCGCAAGGCCGAGCGUGUCCAUCAGAAGGGCAAGGGCGGUUUCCGGCCUGUCAAGCAGUAGAAACACAUCCGAUAGUGCAGAA